CCUGAUGUGAACGUGUCUGAUCAGAUUCAAUUGUGGACCACCAUAUUCCCUAAUGGUUUCUUCAGUUUUUGCGGAUAGACUACACAAGAAGCUUCUCUUGUUCGAUGUCGAUGGAACGCUUACUCCUGCUCGACAAACUGCCUCGCCAGAGAUGAUCCAAGUCCUGCGCGAGCUCAGGACAAAAAUUGUCAUAGGUUUCAUUGGAGGAUCUGAUCUAGUCAAAAUCUCAGAGCAAUUGUCUGUCGAUGGAAGUAAUGUUGUCGAAGACUUUGACUACGCCUUCGCCGAAAACGGCCUGACCGCUUACAAGCUGGGAGGCCCGCUUCAAUCUCAGUCAUUCAUCAAGUAUCUCGGCGAGGACAACUACAAGAAGCUUGUAAACUUUAUUCUCCACUAUCUCGCUGAUAUGGACGUCCCGGUGAAACGUGGUACUUUUGUUGAAUUCCGAAAUGGCAUGAUUAACGUCAGUCCCAUUGGGCGCAAUGCUACAAAAGAGGAACGCGAUGAAUUCGAAGCUUAUGACAAGAUUCACGGACUACGAGCCGCCUUUGUUAAGGUUCUCCAGGAGAAGUUUGCCGAUUACGAUCUAACGUUUUCAAUCGGUGGCCAAAUCUCCUUUGAUGUAUUCCCUCGCGGCUGGGAUAAGACGUAUGCACUUCGUCACGUCGAAGAUGAAGGCUUCGAAGAAAUUCAUUUCUUCGGGGACAAGACGUACAAGGGAGGAAAUGACUACGAAAUUUUCACCGACCCUCGGACCAUUGGCCACGCAGUUGCCAGUCCUGUAGAUACCAUACGCAUUUUGAAGGAGUUGUAUCUAGAUCCUUGAGAGCGUAGAUGAUUGGACAGAAAUUAGAAGAUGGGAAGGCAAACAUAGAAUUUUGGGAUAUUUUUAGAUACCUGGCUAGAGGUUGGCAAUUACAUCCUUCAUAAGCCUUCAUACUGCCGGACUAGUCAGCAUAAGGCACGCACACUUUCUGUCACGUCUGCAGUCGUCAUCGAGAUAUUUAAUCCCGCUGUGGCUAUUUAUAACCGGUUGCGCCCUAAUGCUUAUUUCUCUUCGUUCACUCCCUAGUCCCUUCGUAUGGAUCCGAUCCCGUGAGGCGCUGCAUAGUUCUCAACGCUAUGUUGUCAGUCACAGCGGCAGGGUCCUACGCAGUCUGCGAUGCAACUAUGAAGUAUAUUGAC